AUGCGUUCCAAGUUUAAGGACGAGCAUCCUUUCGAGAAGCGCAAGGCAGAAGCCGAACGCAUUCGGCAGAAGUACGCCGACCGCAUCCCGGUUAUCUGCGAAAAGGUCGAGAAAUCUGACAUCGCUACCAUCGACAAGAAGAAGUACCUCGUCCCCGCAGAUCUGACCGUCGGCCAAUUCGUCUAUGUUAUUCGCAAGCGCAUCAAGCUCAGCCCAGAGAAGGCCAUUUUUAUUUUCGUCGACGAAGUCCUCCCACCUACUCAUGCCCUCAUGAGCAGCAUCUACGACGAGCACAAGGAUGAGGAUGGUUUCCUAUACAUCACAUACUCUGGCGAAAACACCUUCGGCGACUUGUGA